AUGUCACACAUCGCCGUUGAGAGGAAUCGAAGAAGGCAAAUGAAUGAACAUCUUAAAUCGCUUCGUUCUUUGACUCCUUGUUUCUAUAUCAAAAGGGGAGAUCAAGCUUCUAUAAUCGGAGGUGUGAUAGAGUUCAUCAAAGAAUUGCAACAAUUGGCACAAGUUCUCGAGUCCAAGAAACGUAGAAAGACACUAAACCGACCUUCUUUUCCUUAUGAUCAACAUACACUCGAGCCAUCCAUUUUAGCCGCAGCCAACACCAACACCAGAGUACCGUUUAGCCGUAUAGAGAAUGUAAUGACCACAAGCACUUUCAAGGAAGUAGGAGCAUGUUGCAACUCUCCUCAUGCUAAUGUGGAAGCUAAGAUUUCAGGCUCUAACGUUGUAUUGAGAGUUGUCUCAAGGAGAAUCUCGGGCCAGCUGGUCAGGAUCAUCUCCAUUUUGGAGAAGCUAUCUUUUCAGGUUCUUCACCUCAACAUUAGCAGCAUGGAGGAGACUGUCUUAUACUUUUUCGUUGUCAAGAUAGGAUUGGAGUGUCACUUAAGCUUGGAGGAGCUAACCCUUGAAGUUCAAAAAAGCUUUGUGCCUGAAGUCAUCGUCUCUGCGAGUUAA